UCCAAAGUCUUAAAGUAGUCGUUUACGGACUACAGCUUGAGAAGCGCAGAAUUACAAUUUUAGGAAAUUAACGCUCUUGGAUCGCAUACUAACAGAGAAGAGAGGAUUAAAAAAUGAAGUGAUUCAUCCAGUCAGACUUUCCAGUAAUUCACCAAUCACAUUGUUGGACUCUUCAGCCAAUGGUUUUGUUGCGCGGGACUUUUGAAAAUCAACAAGGCCAAUUAGAAUGUUUCUGAGUAUAUAUAAGGGUAGUUGCCACUCUGCCAAGUGGCUGAGUUUUUCUUCCAGUUAAUCUGAGAUGGCCCGCACCAAGCAGACUGCACGCAAGUCCACCGGUGGCAAAGCACCGCGCAAGCAGCUGGCCACUAAGGCGGCUAGGAAAAGCGCGCCGGCCACCGGCGGCGUGAAGAAGCCUCACCGCUACCGUCCCGGCACCGUGGCUCUGCGCGAGAUUCGCCGCUACCAGAAGUCGACUGAGCUGCUGAUCCGAAAGUUGCCUUUCCAGCGCCUGGUGCGAGAAAUCGCUCAGGACUUCAAGACGGAUCUUCGCUUUCAGAGUUCCGCAGUGAUGGCCCUGCAGGAGGCCUGCGAAGCCUACUUGGUGGGGCUCUUUGAGGACACCAACCUGUGUGCCAUCCAUGCUAAGCGAGUGACUAUCAUGCCCAAGGACAUUCAGCUAGCUCGCCGCAUUCGUGGGGAGAGAGCGUAAAGCCUUAGUGCCCUCGGACACGGCGUGCUUGGCCAGCUCCCCAGGAAGCAGCAGGCGUACCGCCGUCUGAAUCUCCCUAGAGGUGAUAGUAGAGCGCUUGUUGUAAUGCGCCAGGCGGGAAGCCUCACUCGCAAUGCGCUCGAAGAUGUCGUUGACAAAGGAAUUCAUGAUCCCCAUGGCUUUGGAGGAGAUGCCAGUGUCAGGGUGGACCUGCUUCAGCACCUUGUACACGUACACAGAGUAGCUCUCCUUGCGGCUGCGCUUACGCUUCUUUCCAUCCUUCUUCUGCGCGUUGGUUACCGCCUUCUUGGAGCCCUUCUUCGGAGCGGGAGCGGACUUAGCUGGAUCAGGAGUAAGAACAACUGUUGGUUCCGUUGUGACCGUUGCUUGAAACUCAUUCCUAUGGCCCGCACGAAGCAAACGGCUCGUAAGUCCACUGGCGGCAAAGCGCCGCGCAAGCAGUUGGCCACUAAGGCGGCUCGUAAGAGCGCGCCGGCCACCGGUGGCGUGAAGAAGCCCCACCGCUACCGGCCUGGCACCGUCGCCCUCCGUGAAAUCCGCCGCUAUCAGAAAUCGACUGAGCUACUGAUUCGCAAGCUGCCAUUCCAGCGUCUGGUACGUGAGAUCGCGCAGGACUUCAAGACCGACCUGCGCUUCCAGAGCUCGGCGGUGAUGGCGCUGCAGGAGGCCUGCGAGGCUUACCUGGUGGGGCUCUUUGAGGACACCAACCUGUGUGCCAUCCACGCAAAGCGAGUGACUAUCAUGCCCAAGGACAUCCAGCUAGCUCGCCGCAUUCGCGGAGAGAGGGCAUAAGUUGUACUAAGGGUGUGUACCAACUUAAACCAAAGGCUCUUUUCAGAGCCACCAACAG